AUGAAGGCUGUUUUAAUUUUUGAUAGUAUCAACGAUUUAAUUUUUUCAAAGUGGGAUGAUGAUUUUUUAAGCAGAAUGAAAUCAUUUAAUGGCCAAGAUAAAGAUGAUAAUAUAAGUGAUUGCAAUCAUGUAUCCCAGCUAUUAUCACCUAUUAUUACAUCUCAGAGGGUCAUGGCUGCACAAUUUAGUAAUACAUAUACCUCAAUGCAGUGUAAAGAUAACACUACUAUUGUAUUUGAUGAGUGGCUUGAUCAUGUGUUUAUGAUAAUAUGUGAGGAUGAUGUUGAUGAUGCUCACCGAGAACUUCUGGAUUGUAAGACUCUUGUUCAACAUAUUUGUGGCCAAAACAUUAACCUUUUACAUUCUCUUGUGUACCAAGAUUGGUUAUCAGUAUUGUUAGAAAGCCGUACUAAAGGUGAUUCUAUACCUGGAGCAAGUGGUAUGAUUGGGGAAAGCGGAGCAACCGGUGCUGCACUCAAUGCUUUGAAAUCUAUAUCAAAAGAGAUCAAACACUCGCAUUCCCAUUAUCAUCUUAUGCUUUUCGUUGGAGAUAAAGUCCUAGCGUUAUAUUCUAGUCGUGGUUGUGAAGAUUUGAUGCCACCAGAUUUGAUACUUUUAAGUAUUCAGUGCAUUGCUGCUCAAGAGUACUGGAGUGAAUUGCGAGAAGUUGAAGAAAGUACAUAUUGUGAAAAUACUCAUUUACCUUGGCUGUCACAAGAGAACAGCGCGAUAGUGAACCUGUGCGCGGGCGCGCUGGGCGCCCCGAGCGCGCCGCACUCGCUGCACCUCGCCGAACUGGCGCCCCGUAUUAUAUUUGCUGUGCUCGUUGAUAUGGAGUUGAGGGAUAUAGGCAUCUCAGUCCACAUGUCCAGUCAGAUUUUAUCAAAUUUGCGUAGACUUUUGCUACAACGCAAUUUAGAAAUGUUACCUGUCACACUUGAUUCAUUGGAAGCUGCACUAAAGAAGACGACAGAAGCUCUACGGAAAAAUAAAGCCAACUCCACACUAUGCGCGCGCGUUACUAGUCGGAUGUUAGAACUACGGAAGUCCUGCACCACCACAACGCCAUUAACGCCGGAAACAGCCGCCACAGCCAUGCAUACGGCCAUAGAAGCUGUUAUAGAACAUCUCAAACCGGAUAUACCCAGUUUAAAAUUGGAACACCCGAUAAAGGAACUAAAGAACCUACUCGCGCCCUAUUUGCAGUUUUUGCGUAUGAGGGCAAUGCGGUACUUCAAUGUGGGAUCGGGGUCAUCAGAUGUAAGCAGCUCUCUAACACACAAGUACGUGGAGGAGUUCCCCGGGCUCAUACACUUUGUGUAUGUAGACCGCACCGCCGGACGCUUCCUCGCUCCCGACAUGGCGGACUGUGUUGAUAUGUUGACGCCGGAGACGGUGCGGUGCACACUGGGCGCGGCGCGGCGCGCGCUGCGCGAGGGCUACGGUGCGGCGGUGUGGCGGCGCGGCGCACUGCACGUGUGCGCGCUGCGCUGGUUCGAGCGCCGUCGCGCCGCCGCGCGCCCCGCCGCGCCGCCGCACCCCGCCGCCGUUCGCGCGCUGCCGCCGCCCGCCGACAUCGCCGGCGCAUUCUACAGGCAACUAGUAGAACUAGCGUUUCCCAAUGACAGUCAAGGCGUGAGCGUGAAGGAACUUAUCUGCAUCCACCUGGGCCUUCUGCCGGCGUCCACCGCCGUGCAGCAAGCGCGCCGCCUCGCGCACUCUGUGUACGAGCUGACAGGGGAAAACCCCGCUGUCGCCUCGGACUUGAUA